AUGAUUAAUACAUUUCCACAAAAAUUAAAAGCUAUAAAAUGUGCAUCAACAAAUAGUAUUCAAGAUGAAAGAUUUAAAAAAUGGCUAGAUGGAGAUAUUUAUCAAGAAGAUAUAAAUCGAAAGAAACCUGUAAGAAAGAAAUCUAAUAAACUUGCUAAAGACGUUUCAUCAAGUGAUGAACAAUCAAUUCCAUCUAUAGAAAGUGCCUCUGCAUUAAUAAAUUCUAGUAUUUCUUCAUCAUCAUCAUUAGCAACAUCAAAUAUCGAUGAAUAUCAUACUGAUUUCCUUAUGGCUGUUGAUAUGAAAACUACGAUUCAAACUGUUGUAGAAUUUUCUCCAGUUAACAACAAUUUAUUUGUAGUCAAUACAAAAAAAGAACCAAAUGAAUAUCCUGAUAGACAAGAAAUAAUACGUAAACUAGUAGCAUUUCUCGGAAAUCAGAAUAUUUUCAAGAAAAGAACAUCUCUUUACAAUGAAUCAAUACAUGGAUCACUUUAUUUAAUAGUUUUCUAUGGUCAUAUAUAUUUUUUUCAAAAUAAAUUUCCUGAUAAACUUGGUCCAUUAAAAAAAUAUAUUACAGCAGAAGAAAGUAAUAAAAUCAUUCGUUUUAAUUAUGCUAAUUUUGAUAAAUUAAAUAUUUCAGAAUCAUCACAUUCAACAACAAAGAAAAAUAAAAUUGACUAUGAAUUUGAUUGUUAUGUAAACUCAUCUCCAUCUGAAUAUAUUACAUUAUUAUAUGAUAAAAAUAAAAUACUUCAACAAAUACGUGUCUAUUAUAAAUGGUCAAAAUGUUUUGUACGUCAACCAAAUUUUAAUGUAGAUAGUUUAUAUGAAAUACGUUCUGUAUUGACACAUGAAUCAAAUUCAUCAGAAUUUACUAGAAUUAUGAAAUUAAUUUUUAAAAAUCAAUCAACAGAAUUAUUCAAUGGUCGUAAACCUAAUAUUAAAAUUGAUCGUAGUAUUCUUCUUCCAUCAGUCAUACCAAUUAGUCUUAAAAUUAUUGAAGAAGAUCAAGAAAUUUAUAUAGAUCAAUCGAAUAUUGAAAGUUUUUAUCGAAAAGUGAAAUAUGUAUCAAUAGAUGAACAAGAAGAAAAACCGAAAGUUUAUUUAACUAUGGAAUAUCAUGUUUCAUCAAUGAAUAAGAUCAAAGGAAUUUUAGAACAAGUCUGUGAUUUUGCUCUUUCUCCAACUGAGAAAACUUCAUUAGUUCGACAAUAUUCAACAUCAUCAACUGCAAGUACGACAUUGACUUCAUUACAGGGAUUUUCAAUAUUUUCCUAUUAG